CAAUGGAAUUCUUUUCUAGCUGGCUUUCAUUUAUUUAUUUUCUUCUUCGUUUGUUUUGCUACGCAGAUAAUCUUCGUUAUCGUCGAGAUUUUAGGUUUUCAUGCAGCAUCACUCCAUUUUAUACUCCGAGCUAAUUGGAAAAGACUUCAGCUUUGCUUCUGUGCGACGUCGUUUGGCCAAAGAACCGUUUGACAGAGCCAACAGCCGCCAAAACCAGACCAGAACUCGAGUCUCAAUGGAGAAAGGUGGGGUAGACUCUGCCGGCCGAGAAUUCAAGAACGCAGAGGAGAUGUGGAGAGAGCAGGUCGGAGAAGACCAGAGCAAGAAGACUGAAUGGUACCGUCAAGGCGUUGGCUACUGGGAAGGUGUGGAGGCCUCGGCGAAUGGAGUGUUGGGAGGAUAUGGACAUGUCAAUGAGCCUGACAUAAUGGGCAGUGAAGCUUUUCUUAAUACGCUUCUCUCUGAGCGUUUUCCUGAUGCUGCUAAUAGCCAACGCCACCUAGUUGUUCUUGAUUGUGGUUCUGGCAUUGGGAGAGUCACAAAAAAUCUUCUAAUAAGAUACUUCAAUGAGGUUGAUCUUCUUGAGCCUGUAUCACAUUUCUUGGAAACUGCUCGUGAAAGUUUGGCUCCUGAAAAUCAUAUGGCCUCUGAUAUACACAAAGCCACUAAUUUUUUAUGCGUGCCUCUUCAGGAAUUCACACCAGAAGCAGGAAGGUAUGAUAUUAUAUGGGUUCAGUGGUGUAUUGGGCAUCUGACAGAUGAUGACUUCGUGUCAUUCUUUAAAAGGGCAAAGGUUGGAUUAAAACCUGGUGGUCUUUUUGUCCUCAAGGAAAAUAUUGCAAGAACCGGAUUCGUGUUAGACACAGAAGAUCGGAGCAUCACCAGGUCCGAAUUGUACUUUAAGGAGCUCUUUUGCCAGUGUGGACUUCAUAUUUACAAAUCAAAGGAUCAAAAGGGAUUGCCUGAGGAGUUAUUCGCUGUGAAAAUGUACGCAUUAACUACUGAUUUGCCAAAGAAGGUCCAUCGGACCAGAUCUAAAGUGCAAGCCAAUAGACCCGGUGUCAUCAAGUGAGAACUUCCAUCUUUAACUUACAUAGAGACAGAUUAUAUUCCUUUUGACAGUAGUUUUUGGUCCUGAGUCCUUGUAAUAUGCCAUUUUCCCCUUUCCAAUUGUACCCCUAAGUUUUGUGCAAGAACCAGUUCGUAUUCAGCAGCAAAUUCUGUAUCUUGAUAUU